AGAGUACGUCAGAAUGAUGGGAAGGGUAACGGAGGGAGGGUUGGUUACGGUGGAGGAGCGCGCCUUAAAUUUGAAAGUGAAACAAAAUGGCGGAGAGUAAUUCUCGAAAUCUAACAGAAAGUUUCAAGACCAAUGAUGACAUAAUGACGUUACCUAACAAGGAUACCUGCGCCGGCACCAAAAGGGCCGGCUCUAGGAGUCCUAGUUCAGAACGCCCCCAUAAAUCUCCACGCUCCACCCGAUCUGAGGACAACACCCUUACCCCAGGGACAGCGGAGGAGCAAACGGAGGACCAUGAAGGAAUGCACGUGGAGGAGGCACACCAGGAGGAGACGCAGACGAAGGAGCAGGAGAGCAAGGAAGAUGGCCCUGCCCUAAGCCCUCGUAGCCGGAGGAAGUCCUGGAGGAGAUCGGCUCGAUUGAGGCGCUCACUCCCUGCCCUGCCCAGCAACACCCUUGGUCUGUGCAGGGACAUCAGCCCCUCCCUGCCAGAGGAUGAGAGGCUGGAGAAGCUGAUGGAAUCAUCAAUGCAGCAGGCACUGCUGAAGCUGCAGGAAUCUCUUCACAGUACCCCAGGGGCCAGCCUGGACCGUCUGCAGGAGCAGGUGGAAACUGUUCAAAGAGAGUGGUGUCAUCUGGCGCAGGAUAUCAGGGAACAGGCACAAAGUCAGCAGUCCCAAACGAGCACAGAAAGUGACCCUGGCAUGCAGAAGACAAUGGAUCAGAUCAGGAAGUCAGUCCACAGAUUACAGACAGAGUGCGGAGUGUGGGAUUCUCUGCUUCUCAGACAUCGCAGUAAAGCAGAGGAGCUGGCCAGGCGUGUGGAGCAUGGGCGGGCGGAGGGGGUUGCCCUGGACGCCUCCUGUCUGGCUCAGUCCACACAGAGCCAGUUUAUCCUCAGGAAACCAGAUUACCACAGCGCCCUCCACAGGCAACAGGCAGUACUACACACCAUGGAGCUACUGAUGGAUUCUCAGUGUAAGAUAAUGAGGGAGGUGCUGUCCUUCCAGGAACAGUCUCACAUGCUGGUAAAAGAGACCAGCAGGAGAUUAGCCUCCAGCGCUGGUUUCCAGACACUCCCAUCUUCCCCCGUCCGGAGGCUCCUUGCUGGAUCUAACGGCUUCAAGCAUGACCCUUUGACCUCUGACACCGCAGGCCAUGCACUGUUCCCAUGACAAUGGAGCUGAUUUGCGCUCCCUGUCUCUGCGGUUUGCAUCAGAUAGCAGGCCAGGGUGGUGUAUCGGGGCUUAAAUCUGUGCUUAAUUCUGCUCGCCAUGAGCAGUGUUGGCCUGUCCUGCAUUUAAUGGCCUGAACUGUCGAUUGGGAUUUUGUGUAGCUUUCCUGAAGCUUUUUUUCCUCUGCAAAUUCUGAGGGAGGGAGCAUUAUAAUAUUGCAUAUCUGCAACUGUAUGAUUUCUGUCUAUCUCAUCCUACUCGUCCAAACCUGAUAUAAAUCGCUGCUUUUCCAUUUA